ACUGAUCACAGGCGUGAAAAAGCACAGAAACUACUCGACGAAUAUAUGAAGGCGAGAUUUACGAGAUCCCCUGACGUUCAAGGUUCCGAGCCGAGUCACGAAGCCAGUGUUGAAGCGUAUACGACUUAUGAGGUCGUCUUACGUUCAAGGUUACGAGCCGAUCUGACACUAGCCCUGCUGGGGCGUAUACGACUUACAAGGUCGUCUUAUGUUCAAGGUACUCAACCAGGACGCCAAAUGGCAAGAAAGUGGGACAAGGAGCGUUCUGAUAGACGCAAAUCAGUUGAAAAGUUGAAUGAACCUUCAGUUCGCGUCUACCAUCCUAUAUUUAUAGGAGGUGGGACUGUUGGGGGGAUUAUAAAGUCUGAAACCUUCAUUUCCGGGUCAUCAGAGAAGGAUCAGAAAAAGGAUCCAGUUGGCAAUGUCAGCGGCUUCUUCAAAGAUCUUUCUGGCACAAAGUCAACAAAAUUUAUUGAGAAAUUAUGGAGAUUGAGUGACGACUCCAACAGAAAAUUCGAUGAGGAUAAAGUUGAAUCUGAGUCGCAGAUCUCCUCUUCCGGAUUUGAUGAUAACGAUUCAGACUAUAUACCAAGUGGCACUGACGAAUCAUUCUCCGAUGAGUCAACUUAUGAUGAAAUCGAUGAUUUGGAUUAUAACAACGAUUAUUUAAGUAAGAAGGAUUCUCCAAAAAUCGACAAGGUAGCUUUUCGAAAGUCUCAUGAUGCUAUCCCGGACACCACAAAGUUGAAAUUGAGCACAGGAAAAAUAGUGGAAGAUGUUCUAUUUGAUUUUUGCAAGGACAUGGAUUAUGAACACCAUGCCCAUUCAUAUAUUGUGAAUUUUGAUGAUGAGAAUGUCAAGGCAUUAUUUACCGAUUCAGAAUGGAAAGAAUUAACAGAAGAUCGAAUUGGAGUUCCGAUUAUUUCACACGACAUUGCAAAAGAACUGGCGAGAUAUGAAAAAAACACUUUAGAGGGUUUACGAAUAGUAACAAUGACAUCAUUUCUUAAAGAAAAAUAUGACAUUCGUAAGCACUACGAUAAAGAAUGGAUUCAAUUGGCCGUUCGAACACUUGUAAAUCUAUAUGAAAAUAUAGAUGCUCCUCUAAUAAGAGCACAGUGCGAACAUUGGUAUACUGUUGCACUUCUUGGGACAUGCAUUGACUUCUGUCUUAGAGACAUUCGAUUGGGGACUGAUGUUAAAAGAAUUGACGCACCGUCGUCAAGUAGUGCUGACCGGAAAAAUCGAAAUCGAAAAGCAAAUACACAUCAACGAAAGUCUGUUGAUCGUAAAAUUGAUGGAAUAAUACAUACAAUUAAUGAGCUUCUCGAAUUUGGAGUUGUAGAAGGUGCAAGAUCCUUUAAAGGUGUCUCAGACAAUAAAUAUCUCAAUGAAGAAUUCGAAAUUCCAAAGACUCUUCGAGAAAUGUAUUCCAAUUUGAUCCGAGCUGCAAAUUAUGAUGAUCAAAGAGCAGACAAACUUCAAGUAAUUGGUAUCUUACAUCUUGGAUUAUGGAUUCAAUUCCAAGGAUAUAUCAAUAUAAGUGAAGUUAAAUCUUUACCAGAGGUUGAGAUAUGUGAAGAGAUUAAUCGAGAUUCUGAUCCAUUAGAAGUCAAGAUACAGAUGAAGGUAAAACUGGAAAGAGAAACAGAACUGGUGAUUGAUAUUUUGAAGAAUUUAGUUGCAAACAAUGGACUUGUGUCCGUUUUUGUGGAUAAUUCCAACAUACUUGUUGAGGGAAAAUAUAUUGCUGGCUAUAAAGAGAAAGCAGAUUCCUUCGAUUGCGAUAGAGAUUCCUGUAUUAUUAACCAACUCCAUCUCGACCACGGUCGUCUUUUAUCAACAAUACUGCAAGGACGGAAAAUGGGCAGUGAUCCAGUGAUUGUUGGUUCUCGUCCGCCCCCGAGUGAUGAGAUAUGGUCACAAGCUCGAAAUCUUGGUUUCAUAGUAAACGUAUUUGAUCGAAAUUGUGAAAAUAAAGAGAAGAUGGCAGAUACUUCUCUUGUAGCUGAAGGAAUUUGUGUCUACGCUCAAAAAGAUCCCGGUACUCUUAUUUUAAUAGCUGGAUAUGAUGGCUAUGUCCCUCUAAUAGAUAAGGCUCUAUUAUUCAACUGGAGGGUUGAAAUAUGGUUUUGGUCAUCAGUCAUAUCUGGAUAUCUUAGGUCGAAAGGAACUUUUUAUUGCUUAGAUAAUUAUUAUAAAUAUUUUACAUAUGCACUCGGACCAUGUUCUGAAAAAAAAUUUAUUCUUGAAAUAACUUAUGGCGAGACAAUUAAAAAUUGGAGGGAUGCAAAGAUAUUGGAUUUUUAUGUGUCACUAAGAUUAUUUGGGUGGUGGCAUAAAGAGGAAAAUAUCAUACACAUGUAUUUCGAUGAUAGGGCACACUUAAACGAUGCAAAAAAAUGGUUAGAAGAUAAAUAUUCGGAUAGCAUUCGGGUUUUGGAGCGGGAAAGAAAAAGGAAAAACACGUUUAAAAAGUAG